AUGAAUUACUUUUUGAAAUAUGUCGAAAUCGAUAAUUUCAAAUCAUACAAAGGUCAUAUUGUAAUCGGCCCAUUACGAAAAUUUACUGCUAUUAUAGGACCAAAUGGAUCUGGCAAAUCCAAUCUUAUGGAUGCGAUUAGUUUUGUUCUUGGUGAACCAACAAAAAGUUUACGUGUGAGAAAAUUAUCCGAAUUAAUUCAUGGUGCACCAAUCAAUAAACCCGUUAGUAAUCGUGCAUCAGUUGGAUUAGUAUUUGUUUCGAUAACAUCAAACGAAAGUGGUGAUCGUAGUGAACAUGAAAAACGUUUUCAACGUUUUAUUAUUGGUAAUGCAUCAGAAUAUCGUGUUGACGGACGUCAAUUAUCAGCAGCUGAAUACAAUGAAGAACUUGAAAAUAUGGGUAUUAUCCCUAAAGCAAAGAAUUUUCUUAUUUUUCAAGGACAAGUCGAAUCCAUUGCAAUGAAAACACCAAAAGAAUUUACUGCGAUGUUUGAAGAAUUAAGUCGUAGUGGUGAAUUACGUGAAGAAUAUGAACAAGCGAAACAGGAGAAAAAUAAAGCCGAACAUGAUACACAUGCGAAUUUUCAAAAGAAAAAAGGUGUAGAAAAACAAAAGAAAGAAGUUCGAUUAGAAAAAGAAGUGGCUCAAAAAUAUGCGGCAUUAAAAAGUCAAUAUGACGAACUUCAAUUACAAUUAAAAUUAUUUCAAUUGUAUCAUAAUAAACAAGAAUUAAUUGAAAAACGUGAUAUAGCCGAAAAGAAACGAGAUGAAGUUAUGAAAUUAGAAAAACGAAAAGAAAUAUCCGAUGACGAAAUUAAAAAUAAGAAAAAAGAGCUAGCGAUUUGUAAUAAAGAACUUGCAACAGAUGAACAAAAAAUUAAAGAACUAGAAGCUCAAAUUAAUAAAAAUCGCCCAACAUAUAUUAAAGCAAAAGAAAAUUCAGCUCAUCAUCAGAAAAAACUUGAUCUAGCAAAAAAAACUCUGCUUGCUGCUGAAAAAACACAUGCUGCUCAUGGCGAAGAAGUAGAAAAAUAUGAAGCUGAUUUACGUGAAGUUGAACGAUACCAAAAAGAAUAUGAAGAUAAAUUACAGGAUGAAUCACAAAGUAUUGGUCGUAAUUUAGCACUUGAAGAAAAUCAAAUGAAAGAAUAUCGACGUUUAAAAGAAGAGGCAUCGCAAUUAAUGACACAAUUUUCUGAAGAAUAUGAUUCAGUUGAUCGUCAACAGCAAGUCGAUAGAACGAAUCUUGAACAAGAACAACGAAGUCAACGAGAUCAUAUGGCACGAAUAAAACAAACUGAAUCACGUAUUGAUGAAUUGAAUGGAAAAAUUGAUAAAUUAGCCGGUUAUAUGGCCGAUCUUGAAAGAGAGCUUGGUGAUAAACAAGCUAGUGCACAAUUAUUAGAACGAGAAGUAACCGAUGGUCGAAGGCGCUGUACGGAACUAGAAGAAGAACUUGAUCAAGUGAAUAAAGAAAUGGGCGAAGCUCGAUCCGAUCGAAAUGAAACAAGUCGUGCACAACGACGUGCAGAACUUAUUGAAAAUCUUAAACAAUUUCCAGGCGUGUAUGGUCGUUUAAUUGAUCUUUGCGAGCCAACUCACAAACGUUUUCAAAUGGCAAUAACAAAAGUUCUUGGGCGUAAUAUGGAUUCAAUUAUUGUUGAACGUGAAACAACAGUUCAAUCGUGUUUGCGGUACAUGAAAGAACAUCGAUAUGAACCUGAAACAUUUUUACCACUCGAUUAUAUUAAAGUAUCGCCAAUAAACGAACAACUUCGAGAAUUACAAGAUCCUAAAAAUGUAAAACUUGUACUGGAUGUUAUUAAAUAUGAUAGACAAUAUUAUAAAGCCCUACUUUAUGCAUGUGGUAAUGCACUUGUUUGUGAUAAUGAUGAUGAUGCUCGACGAUUGGCAUAUGAAAGUGGAGGUCAAAAAUAUAAAGUAGUUUCAUUGAAUGGCACACUGUUUAGUAAAUCGGGUGUUAUAUCCGGUGGAUCCAGUGAAUUAAAAGCUCGUGCUAAACGUUGGGAUGAAAAACAUCUUGAUGGACUACGUAUGCGUAAAGAUAAGCUAUUUGAUGAAUAUAAAGAACAACAAAAGAAAAAACGACGUGAAGCUGAAUUGAUCAACGCUCGUGCACAAUUACAACAACUGGAAAGUCGUUUACGAUAUUCAAGAACAGAUAAAGAAACAGCAGAGAAAAAACUUCGAAUUUUAAUCGAGAAAGAUCUGCUUGAUUUUCAAGGAAAACUUGCUCAAUAUGACCCGAGAAUCAAUGCUUUGCAAGCGUCCAUUGGUGAACGAGAAAAAGUCAUAUCAAAACUACGUAUGGAAAAAAAUAAAAUUGAAGAUGUUGUAUUUGUUGAAUUUUGUAAACAAAUUCAUGUAGCUAAUAUUCGCGUAUACGAAGAUCGAGAAUUACAAGCAGCUGAAAAACGAGCACAAGAACGUUUGGAAUUUGAAAAUCAGAAGACCAAAAUUCAAACUAUGCUUGAAUUCGAACGAUCACGUGAUACUGAUGGACAUGUGGAACAAAUUACACAAGAAGUUACCAGUUUAGAAGAUGCUUUACAAAGAUGUCAAAAGAAUGAAAAAAAAUAUCGAAAAAUAAUUGAAGAUCUUCAACAUGAAAUUGCUGAUAUUAAAGAUCGGUUAAUAGAUCACAAGAAGAAGAUUGAAUUUCAAGAUCGCGACAUAGCUGAUUGUACAAAACGUGCUGCACAAUUGAAUAAAGAUUAUAAUGAACAACGAAAACGUUUGCAACUUAUUGAUAGUGAUAUUGAAAAAUUGCGUUCAGAUCGGCACAAUUAUUAUCGUACAGCGAAGCUAAAUGAAAUUUCAUUACCAUUUCGUGGUAAUGCUGGUUCAAUGGCAGCCAUUUCACUUGCCGAAACAUCAUCAUCCGACGAUACCAGUGUCGUUAGUUCUCAAACACAAAAUAAUUCUUCCACAACAAUGCUAAUGACGCAAUCAUCGGCUGCGACUGAUUUUUCCACGCUGUCAAAUGGCGAUGGAAUGAUGGCUAGUCAACAAGAUACGAAACAUAUUUAUGAUUUAGAAGAUAGAUUCGAUUUAAAUUUUAAACGUUUACGUGAUGAAUUAAAAAAGAUAAAUUAUGAACAAGUUGAUAAAGAAGAAAAAUUGCUCAUUAAACAAAUGUCUGAUAUUGAAAUUCAACUACAAAAGCAUCUACCACAAACAUCAACUAUUGAUGCACGCACACGUGACGUUAGAACCACAUUUGAAUUAACAAAUGCUGAAUUUGAACUUGCACGUAAUGCAGCUAAACGCGCACGACAAACUUUUGAAAAAGUGAAAAAAGAACGUUACGAUCGUUUCAAUGCACUAUAUGAACAUGUAUCAUCGUGUAUUGAUGAAAUCUAUAAAUCAUUAACAAAUUCACAAGCUGCUGUUGCUUGUUUAACGGCUGAAGAUGCCGAAGAACCCUAUCGAGGUGGUAUUACGUACAACUGUGUUGCACCUGGCAAACGUUUUCAAGCCAUGGAAAAUUUAUCUGGUGGUGAAAAAACGGUUGCAGCUAUUUGUCUUUUAUUUGCACUGAGAAGUUUUAAACCAGCUCCAUUCUUUUUACUCGACGAAGUCGAUGCUGCUCUUGACAAUACAAAUAUUGGCAAAGUAGCUGAUUUUAUUCGUGAACAAUCUGCAUCAGAAUUUCAAUGUAUUGUUAUUUCAUUGAAAGAACAAUUUUAUUCACGUGCUGAUGCACUUGUUGGCAUUUAUCCAGAACCCGGUGAUUGUAUAACUAGUCAUUGUCUUGCAUUAGACUUAAAUCAAUUUGACGAACGAGAAAAUAUUGCAAAUACUCGUGAUUAG